GUUCUAACAUGGAACUGGAAUAGAGACAGAGUUCUAACAUGGAACUGGAAUAGAGACAGAGUUCUAACAUGGAACUGGAAUAGAGACAGAGUUCUAACAUGGAACUGGAAUAGAGACAGAGUUCUAACAUGGAACUGGAAUAGAGACAGAGUUCUAACAUGGAACUGGAAUAGAGACAGAGUUCUAACAUGGAACUGGAAUAGAGACAGAGUUCUAACAUGGAACUGGAAUAGAGACAGAGUUCUAACAUGGAACUGGAAUAGAGACAGAGUUCUAACAUGGAACUGGAAUAGAGACAGAGUUCUAACAUGGAACUGGAAUAGAGACAGAGUUCUAACAUGGAACUGGAAUAGAGACAGAGUUCUAACAUGGAACUGGAAUAGAGACAGAGUUCUAACAUGGAACUGGAAUAGAGACAGAGUUCUAACAUGGAACUGGAAUAGAGACAGAGUUCUAACAUGGAACUGGAAUAGAGACAGAGUUCUAACAUGGAACUGGAAUAGAGACAGAGUUCUAACAUGGAACUGGAAUAGAGACAGAGUUCUAACAUGGAACUGGAAUAGAGACAGAGUUCUAAACAUGGAACAUGGAAUUAGGAGAAAGAGUUCUAACAUGGAACUGGAAUAGAGACAGAGUUCUAACAUGGAACUGGAAUAGAGACAGAGUUCUAACAUGGAACUGGAAUAGAGACAGAGUUCUAACAUGGAACUGGAAUAGAGACAGAGUUCUAACAUGGAACUGGAAUAGAGACAGAGUUCUAACAUGGAACUGGAAUAGAGACAGAGUUCUAACAUGGAACUGGAAUAGAGACAGAGUUCUAACAUGGAACUGGAAUAGAGACAGAGUUCUAACAUGGAACUGGAAUAGAGACAGAGUUCUAACAUGGAACUGGAAUAGAGACAGAGUUCUAACAUGGAACUGGAAUAGAGACAGAGUUCUAACAUGGAACUGGAAUAGAGACAGAGUUCUAACAUGGAACUGGAAUAGAGACAGAGUUCUAACAUGGAACUGGAAUAGAGACAGAGUUCUAACAUGGAACUGGAAUAGAGACAGAGUUCUAACAUGGAACUGGAAUAGAGACAGAGUUCUAACAUGGAACUGGAAUAGAGACAGAGUUCUAACAUGGAACUGGAAUAGAGACAGAGUUCUAACAUGGAACUGGAAUAGAGAC